AUGAGGAAAAUCACUGCUUUUAGGGACAAUGCGAGGAUUGUGAAGUACUCAAAGUGCUCGAGUAGAGGUGCCCAGCAUGACGACGAUUUGGACGACGUGACGGUGGUCAACAGCGCCGCCCCGGAAAGCGUCAAAUACGGGGGCGCUACAGGAAGCUGCGUGACCACAAACGGUCCGCGGGUCGUACCAGGCAUCAUCACAUCUAGUGGCGGAGAGAUGUCGGGAAUGGUCAGCGGAAGCGAACGAAGAGCAGUUCCACCCUAUAGCCCUCCCCAGGACGAGAAAGGGGCAUCUGAGUCGCGACAGUCGUUGCUGGACACUGUUACGCGACGCGUCCCCUCGUCGGAGCCGUACGCGUUCGUCAACAAGGCCCACGUUGGUUCUGAAGUGGAGAUUCCAAGGAAGACCAGGGAGCUGAGGCGAAAGGAAAUCAAGAAAGACCUGGAGAAGUGGGAAACGAGUACUUCCACCAGUGACCGAGCAUCUUGCAAAUGGACUUUCGUUUUUGACCCUUCCGGCCGGCUCUGCUACUACUGGUCGGUUGUGGUCAGCGUUGCUUUCCUAUAUAACUUCUGGGUUAUCAUAUACAGAUUUGCUUUCCAGGAGAUAACCACAGACACUCUGCACGCCUGGUUCACCCUGGACUACCUAUCUGAUCUGGUGUACAUCUUAGAUAUAGCUGUCCAUUUCCGGACAGGAUUCCUCGAAGAAGGGGUGCUCCAGACGGAUUCCGUGAAACUAAGGCAGCACUACAUCAACUCCACAAUGUUUUACAUAGACUGUCUGUGCUUGUUGCCUUUAGACUUCUUGUAUUUGUCCAUCGGCUUCAACUCAAUCCUCCGCUGUUUCAGACUCGUCAAGAUCUAUCGAUUCUGGGCGUUCCUGGACAGAACUGAACGCCACACGAACUACCCGAAUGUGUUCCGAGCUUUGUCCCUCACGCACUACGUCCUCGUGAUAUUCCAUUGGAACGCGUGUAUGUUUCACAUUGUGCUGAAGAACGGUGGUUUCGGUUCCAGGGACUGGUUCGGUCCCAGAGAGGACGUCCAUUGUAGCGACGUUCUAUGCGAAUAUCUUCAAGGCUUCUACUGGAGUACUCUUGCCUUGACCACUAUCGGCGACCUGCCCAGACCGCGAACCAGGGGGGAGUAUCUCUUCCUGGUUCUCGAACUGGUUGGAGGACUCUUCCUAUUCGCUGCUGUUCUGGGACACGUGGCAAACAUCGUCACCAACGUCAGUGCCGCUAGGAAAGAAUUUCAAGCUCAAAUUGAUAUUAUAAAAAUGUUGGUAAAAAUACGCAAAGAUCAUUUAGUUCUAAAAUGGGUGAAUUCAAUUUAUGUAAGUCGG